GAAGAACUAUGAUGGUAGAUGAAAAAUUAAGGAUGAGAAAAUUAGGGCGGGAUAAUUUAUCUAUACUAUUUGGUCAUUCUCUAUCACAAUUUUCUCAACUCGCGCCCUGUUGAAAGCUUGCCGCCGUCGAAAGCUUUUCCGCAUUCUGCCGUCGCCGAACUGUCAAAGGCUCUACCACCAUUGUCGAAGGUUCGUCGCCGUCGAAGCAGCACUACAGCAGAGCUCAGCGCUGAAACACUGGAGGAGCAGGCUUCAGUAUUGGAGAAAGAACUGAGCUUGAAAGGAAGGGAAACUCUUGAUGUGUUGAAAGAAUUGGCUGGACCGUGAGCUGUAUACUGCACUAUAAAAAUAGUUCACUGAACUGAAAAAUAGUUCAGUUCCGUUAUUCUGUACUAUUUUUUAGUUCAGUGUAGUUUUCCUAAACUGGUUUAUAGUUAACUAUAAACUUUUAUAGUGCAGUACACUAUAGGACAGUUUGCCCACCCCUAGAGAAAAUUAAGAAAAGAGUAGUGAUGAUGACGAUUGGAUGAAUGAAGAAGAAUGGGAAAAAGAGUUGCGUCCUUUGUUCUUCCCUACAGAGCCUUAUUCUUCUCCUCCACCACUGAAACCCCCAGCCUUUACUCCUUCCUCCAGCCCUCAGUCUUUACCCUCACCAUAAACAAGCAGCAACCCAUUUCAGAAGGCUCCCCAAAGCCACCAACUUUCCUCUCACCUUCCCAACACUCCACUCUCGAAACCACCCUCCACAAGUCCCUCCUAAGCAGCAACACUGAUGAGGCAUGGAAGUCCUUCAAGGCACUCACCACCCACCAAGCCUUCCCUCCCAAACCCCUCACCAAUUCCCUUCUCUCUCACCUCUCCUCCCUUGGUGACACCCUCAAUCUCAAGAGGGCAUUUGCCUCUGCUCUCUUUCUCAUGGAGAAGAACCCCUUGUUGCUCCAACAUGACACCCUCCACCACAUGCUCCUCUCCAUGAAGGCUGCCAACACUGCAGCCCCUGCAUUUGCCCUUGUCAGGUCCAUGCUCAGGUUCAGGUUCUUUGUUCCUUUUCAUGUUUGGGGGCCUGUGCUUGUUGAGAUCAGUAGGAACUGUGGUAACCUUGCUGCUUUCUUGAGGCUCUUUGAGGAGAAUUGUAGGGUAGCUCUUGAGGAGAGAGUUGAGUUCAUGAAGCCUGAUGUUGGUGCUUGCAAUGCAGCACUGGAAGGUUGCUGCUUUGAGCUUGAGUCUGUAAGUGAUGCUGAGAGGAUUGUGGAGACAAUGUCAAGUCUAGGGGUUAGGCCUGAUGAGUUCAGUUUUGGGUUUCUGGGGUAUUUGUAUGCACUCAAGGGAUUGGAAGAGAGGAUUAGGGAGUUAGAAGUUUUGAUGGAUGGGUUUGGCUGUUUGAACAAGAAGGGUUUUUAUUGUAAUUUGAUUAAGGGUUACGUUAAGUCUGAGAAUUUGGCUUCUGUGGAGGCAACUAUUGUUAGAUUUCUGAAUGAUGGAUGUGGAAAGGAUUGGGGUUUUGGUGUUGAAACUUUUUGUGAAGUGAUUAAGGUUUAUUUUCAGAAGGGAAAUAUCAAGGGGUUGGCUAAUUUGAUUGUUAAAGCUCAAAAGAUAGAGGGUUCAAAUAUUGUGGUUGAUAGGUCUAUAGGGUAUGGAAUUGUUAAUGCGUGUGUUAGUAUUGGACUAUCUGAUAAAGCACAUAGUAUUCUUGAUGAGAUGAAUGUUCAGGGGGCCUCUGUGGGUCUUGGGGUCUAUAUACCUAUCUUGAAGGCUUACUGUAAAGAAAAUAGAACUGCUGAGGCUACUCAAUUGGUGAUGGAGAUUAGUAAUUCCGGUCUUCAGUUGGAUGUGGGAACCUAUGAUGCUUUGAUAGAAGCAUCCAUGUGCAGCCAAGAUUUUCAGUCAGCGUUUUCACUGUUUAGGGACAUGAGAGAGGCAAGGAUUCCUGACUUGAAAGGGAGUUACUUAACUAUAAUGACAGGUUUGAUGGAAAAACAUCGGCCUGAGUUGAUGGCAGCUUUCUUGGAUGAGGUGGUUGAAGAUCCUAGGAUUGAUGUAGGUACUCAUGAUUGGAAUUCUAUCAUCCAUGCUUUCUGUAAAGCUGGGAGACUUGACGAUGCAAGAAGAACUUUUAGAAGGAUGACGUUCCUGCAGUUUGAGCCAAACGAUCAGACAUACUUGUCUAUGAUUAAUGGAUAUGUCUUGGCUGAGAAAUAUUUUCUCGUGCUGAUGUUGUGGAACGAGGUUAAGAGGAAGCUAUCCAUGGAUGGGCAGAAGGGGAUCAAGUUUGACCAUAAUUUGGUUGAUGCGUUCCUUUAUGCUAUGGUCAAGGGUGGUUUCUUUGAUGCUGUUAUGCAAGUUGUGGAGAAAGCUAAUGAGAUGAAAAUAUUUGUUGAUAAGUGGAGAUACAAGCAAGCAUUCAUGGAGACCCAUAAAAAGCUCAGGGUGGCAAAGUUAAGGAAAAGAAAUUUUAAAAAAAUGGAAGCACUUAUUGCUUUCAAGAACUGGGCUGGCUUAAAUGCCUGAACCUUUUACAGUGGCUACUUCAUAUCAUAGGGAUUAAACCAUCAUGUCUGAAAGAAACAAUUCAAAAUGAAGGCUGAGGAUGGUUCAAUAUUGCAGAUUCUUUCAAUAAGCGAGCUUCAAUUCCACCAACUUAGGAGCACUUCAAAUUUUGAUUUUCUUGAAUGAUACACUUAGUUUAGGCUUGGAGGGUUCGGCUCAACAAGGUUAUUUUCUCCUAUUUUUUUGCCUUGAUGCUACAGAAAGCAAUUAUUUGACACUGUCACUGAGUUUUUAUUCAGCUAAUUCUUUCAUUUUGGGCUAAAUGUAUUGAUUUCUUCUUCCCUUUUGUUCUCUGCCGUCCCCCAUUUUUGGUGGUUGAUUGCUGUCUUCACUUGUCUUCUUGUACUUGUGACUGGAAAUUUAAACACACUGAAUCAAGGAACGGCUUACACUUCUUGAUAACUAUGUAUGAAGUAACUUGUAAACUAUGGCAGAAAGUAAUAGCAUCACACAUAGUACAGAUCAAUUCUUUUCCCUAUUUUGUACUUCUAGUGAGUUGUUUAUAGAAAGUCAUUAUCUUUAUCUGAACCAAAUUAGAGUUAAGCACUAUAAAUGAACAUGAUUUGAAGCAGGAGAUUGUUCAUCCCCUGGACGUGUAUGUUCAGGUUUAAUAUUUUUAUUUAGCCUAGAUUUUUUUUUCUU